AUUGUCUAUAAAUAGAGCAAGGAAAUUCCUAUCCCCUGAGUCAUUCCCAAUUGCCACUAUCCAUCAACCGAGUUCCCCCACUAUCUCCACUCUCUCCUCUCGCUUCCCCUUUUUCCCUUUUCAUGGCUCGUUCCCUUUCCCAAACCGUAAUCAAGCUCAGCCUCGUCACCAAACCGCGUCCUUCUUCUCGUCUCCUUCCCCUCCGAACCCUCUCCAAUCAACCCAACCACUCCGACCCCUCCGAUCCUUCCUCCGACACUUCCUCCUCCGAUCCGCUUCUGCAGAAACUCGAAGACGCCAUCCACCGGAUCAUCGUACGCCGUUCAGCACCCGAUUGGCUCCCUUUCAUCCCCGGGUCCUCUUACUGGGUCCCGCCAUCCACGGCCCAAUCCUACGGCCUGGCCCAGCUCGUUGAAAAAUUGGCUAAUCCAUUGACCCCGGAGGAGUCCAUGUCAACCACCACCGUCCGAGGUUGGCCGUCUUCCGAGUAUUUCAUCAAAGAAUAUAAUGUUCUCUACGACAUUUCAGGUGGAACCCCACAUUCAGUGGAGUUAAACACAUCUUCAAAUACUGCAUCUAAAUCUGAGGAUGAGGAAGGAUGAUUCCAUGCCUAUUGCAAAUAGUAGCAUCUGGGGCUCAUCUAGAAUUGUGAAGUUGCGGAGGCGAGGAGUGAGGAGUGAGGAGUGAGAAGUAGUUUCGUUGACAAGGAGGACUUUCAGUUAGGUUGGAGGAGCUGUACAGAUGCAAUAUGGCUGGUGGAGAAGCAAUAAAUUCUUUUUAAACUUUCACAGCUGAAAACGAUUCUGUAUUUUAUGUACUUUAAAGAGGUAUGAAUUCUUGGUUAGAGUAUAAGUUAGAUAUGUAACAUUCUAUGUGAAGCCUCAAGUAUGAUGUAACUCAUCUGGAUUAGCUCAAUAUUCAGCUUUUCUUUAGUGUAAAUACACAAAUCUUUGUGAAUACGGGUUGUAUCA